GAAGCAGAAAAUAAGCAUUUUUCCUACGUCCGGAAUCCGUGCAUUUGAGAGCUAGUACGACGCCGUGCUAUCUAAAGUAUUCCACACACUAUUGCUGCAUCUAGAUUGUAUCAUCGUUGCCACUCGCAAUGGCCAACGCGGAAGCCAUCCAAGUCAGCUCGCUGCCGCUACCCCCAGCGCAGUAUAUCAAUCUGUACACGGAUGAAAACAUACGUAAGAACCGUGCACCGAAACCUCCGGCACCAAUACAGGACUCAUACACAAUGUUUGGCAGCCCGUUCAGCAACGAUGAUAACAUAAUUCGCCCGCUCGAAAGCCAAGGCUUCAAACGGCUGUACCCGCAACACUUUGACCGACGGAAGGAGUUGAAGAAGCUGAACCAUUCGCUGCUGGUCAACUUUCUCGAUCUGAUCGAUCUAUUGGUACACUAUCCAGACAGUCCGAGGCGGGCGGAGAAGAUAGAGGAUCUCAGUCUGCUGUUCGUGCACAUACACCACCUGCUGAACGAGUUCCGGCCGCACCAGGCUCGGGAAACGUUGCGCGUAAUGAUGGAACUGCAGAAGCGCCAGCGGAUAGAGACGGCCCAGCGCUUCCAGAACCACCUGGAAAAGGUGCGGGAGAUGGUGAAGAAUGCAUUCGCAUCCCUGCCGGAUCUAACGGACGCGGACCGGCUCGCCGGUGGGCUGGAACCGAUGGAUGUGGGUGAAUCGGGCGAUCUCGCCGGUGGCCGGGGCGAAGGUUGCCAUCCGCUGGACCGGUUAAUGUGUGAAAUUGUGGAUAGAAUGUGAAGCGUGUAUAUGGCGAAGGGGAUGUAGCCCGGUUUCCCGAUCGUUAAAACACGGACAGGCGGUGUUUUACAUUCAUCGAGGUGGACGUUAUUUGAUUGCUGAUUUUGUUUUUGUAUUCAUACUUUUCUUGAAAUUUAAUGAAGCUAAGAAGUAAAUAAAAUGUGGAUAUGCUGCGAGA